CAAUCAAAAAUUAUUUUGCUUAUAAAUAGAUGGUAUUAGGAGUAAUAAGUAGCUUUGCAACAUUGGCAAAUCUAAUAUGCAAAUUUGAUUCGGCAAUCAAAUGAAAUAUUAUCUCAAAGCACAAAAGAACAAUAAAAGAAAAAUGAAAGAAAAUUAAUGAAAUGAAGAAAUGAAAGACACUAGAAAAACUUGAAAAAUAAUUAAAAAUGCACACCUAAUGAGACUUAGCAGAUCUUCAAAAAAGUUUAUUAGAGAAAAAACAACAGAAAACUAAUUGGGUCAAGCAGAUAAGGCAAAUGUCAAAGAAGCAUAAUGAAAAAUGAGGUUAAAAGAAAUUAGCAAAAAACAUAAUAAAUGCAUAAAUUUGUGAAACAAAGUAGCUAAAAGUGGUGAAAAAUAAAAACAACAAGAAAAUAUACAACUAGAAAUAUGCUGCACAAAACGAAAAAAAAAUUAAAAAUUUUAAAAAUAAGCAAAAAUAUUAAAAACGGCUACACUUGCUCUCCGCAGACUUGUGCGCAUAGCCUUCAGAAUAUUUUAAGCAUUCUUCUUGACCGAUUUAAUGAGUGGCGAAAAAAAAUUAUAAAAUUAAAAUACAAUAAAGUAGCAAUACUUUUGAAGAGCAGUGUAGCAUAGGUUAAUAAAGUGCGUCCCAGCAUAGCAAAACAGUUUAGUCAUUUAUAAUCGCAAGAAUUCAACCGUUCUUUUUUAAUUAUUAUUCCUUUUUUUUGUGUCUGCGAAACCGAAAAAGGUAACUAGGAACUUGAGCGCAGCACUUCUUGUGGCAUAUAAGAAGCGACCGAGGGCAACUUUCUUCUUUAGUUGAUCCAUGAGCCUUGCGCAGCGCGGAAGGUCUUCAGAAAACAGGUCAGACCUUAAACGGCAUACAAUUUUGUGAAACUGCAGUGAGUUCUUUUUGAAGUGACAGUGUGAGUUAAAGUGUUGCGUGUUAGUAGUGAAUUGGUUAGUGAUAGUUGACGGUGCUAAGUGUCAGUGUCAAUCAUGGAAAUGUGGCAGCUAAAGUGCGUUAUGUGGGCCGUAAUGGUGCUCCAAUUAAACGCUGCAAGUGCGGACUCUGGCUACUCCUACCAACCGCCGUACAAUCAAAUUGCCGCUUUACCACAGGAAAAUGGUUACAAUACUGGCUACUAUUAUCCACCUCCUACCGGACAAGCGCCCGCGCAAAAUUUCAGCGGUUACUUUUAUCCACGCCCACCUGCGCGCAUACCCACCUUACCCGCCGAAAGUCAAGCUGACAGCAGUGAGCCCAGUGGCACUCCACCACCCGGUGUAAUGGGUGAUUUUAUCGAUGACAUUAUAAAUGAGCAGAAAGAGCAAAUACUCUCUUCGGUGUUGGGCGGUAGCGAUCUUGAAGAUGGUGAAUUCACAGAUGAUGACUCGAGUAAUUUGCGUUUCAAAAAAUGCGCUGAUUGCUCUUGCGGCGUGCCGAAUGAAAAUCGCAUCGUUGGUGGCACUGUCGUGCAAACCAAUAAAUACCCCUGGACCGCACAAUUACUCAUGAAUGGUUUUCUCUACUGCGGCGGCUCACUGAUAAAUGAUCGCUAUGUCCUCACGGCUGCGCAUUGCGUUAAAGGCCAAAAAGUCAUGACGACUACCGUGAGACUAUUGCAGAUAAAUCGUUCCACGAAGAGCAAAGGCAUAAUGAGAAGCGCCAUCUCUUUUGCUAUACAUAAAAAGUACAAUACAAAUACUUUGGUCAAUGAUAUAGCUUUGAUUGAGCUGAAUAAACCCGUACCGUUGAAGGAUCCCAUUCGACCGGUGUGUUUGCCUAAGACGCGAGCACACAAUUUUGACUUCAAAGAGGCUGUCGUUGCUGGCUGGGGUCUAACCAGUCAGGAUGGUAGUGUCUCGGGUACUUUGCGUGAGGUCGUAGUACCGAUUAUCACGAAUGCUCAAUGCCGUGCUACUUCGUAUAAGUCGAUGAUUAAGGACACGAUGUUAUGUGCCGGUUAUGUCGGCGAAGGUGGCAAGGAUGCUUGUCAAGGUGACAGUGGUGGCCCACUGAUUGUGCUUGAUGGCAUUUACCGCCAGGCGGGUGUUGUUUCCUUCGGUUAUGGCUGCGCUCGACCAAAUGCACCGGGAAUUUACACGCGUGUCAGUCGCUACCUGGAUUGGAUAGCGGCAAAUACGAGAAAUGCCUGUUAUUGUUCGAAAUAAAUAGGCGUAAAAGUUUUAAAAUAAUUUUCCUAUAAUAUUUAUUUAUUUUGCUAAAAUUUUUAUAAAAAAAUUAUUUACUUUGCAUUUUCAUAAAAUAUUUAUUAAAUUCACGCUAUUUAUUUUG